CGUAUUGCACACGAGGGAUCAAUUUUCAUUUCAUUGUAUAUAAAUUGAGAUAAAUCCGAGUCCAAAUCAUAAUCCAAGCAGACGCUUUAGUGCAAAUACCAAUCAACCAACAAUCAUCAUGAUGCAGAAGCUCGCCAUUUUGUCCGGCCUAGUGCUGUCAGCCACUUGCAUGGUCCUGCAUCAGCAGCCUAUUCCCCUGUUAGUUGGAAUUCAGCCUGACAAUGCCAACUAUAACUUCGCGUACCAAGUAAAUGACGCUCACACUGGAGAUAUCAAGAGCCAACACGAGACCAGGAGAGGCGAUACUGUCUCAGGACAGUAUACCUUAGUACAGCCUGAUGGCGUCAGAAGAACAGUUGAUUAUAGAGCUGAUGACCAUAGCGGCUUCACAGCUACCGUCAGCAAUGAUGGAAGACCAGUCCAGGGCGUUGCUACACAAGUCAGUCAUGACGCGCCCGUCGCCAAUGGUGGCCUUGCUUACCAGUCAUGGCCUGCUCCAGCACCAAGCGCUGCUCCUGCUCCCGCUGUAGCUGUAUCUAGGACAUCGAUAGUCCACACGGUCGCAAGCCACGGACACAAUGCAUGGCUGUGAAUGUAGUGUGAGCCGAAGCAACAACACUAAAACACUUGGCAAGGGAAAAUGGACGUUGGAUAAAAAUCUAGUUUGCAUUUAUAUUUUAAGUUGUAUCUCUAUGAAUGUCUUGAUGACUAAGUGAAUGAUAAUAACACGUAAUUGGAGACCGGACACGGAUAACCUUGCGUACGUAAAGGAAAUUGGCUUAGUUAUUUGCUGAGGCGAUUUACGAUAUAUUUUUUUCUUUAUUUGCAAUAUUUGUAUGUAAUAUAUAAUUAUGUGUACGAAAUAAAUCAAAGCAAUCUAA